GAUGUUGUUCUCUACUGCCUCCAGAAAGACAGUGAGGACGUGAAUCACCGUGACAAUGCUGGCUACACAGCCCUGCAUGAGGCUUGUUCCCGGGGUUGGACUGACAUCCUGAACAUCCUGCUGGAGCACGGGGCCAACGUGAACUGCAGCGCGCAGGACGGCACGAGGCCAGUUCAUGACGCGGUGGUCAACGACAACCUGGAGACCAUCUGGCUCCUGCUGUCCUAUGGGGCCGAUCCCACACUGGCUACCUACUCGGGUCAGACAGCCAUGAAGCUGGCCAGCAGCGACACCAUGAAGCGCUUUCUCAGUGGUAAGUGUGGUCCAGACUUGACACUGUUGUCCUCGGGGCCAGCCUCUGAUUCCUGAACUUGUGAGGACAUCCUCUUCAUCUCCUUCCACCUUGAACAGCUCCCAUGAGGGCCGUCUGCACUCUUCACCUGCUUUCCUUCAAAGAUCUCAAGAAUCUCAGUUUGCUGGGAAAAGUCCAAAGGCCACUUCCUCUUAUCCCCUUACUGCAAGUGUGUGCGUCCUCUUCAGGGCCCUGGGAGCCCACAGGGAACUAUUUCGUAGAUAGGGAUCUAGGGUGGGCCUCUGUGUGGGGGCAGCAGCCCCACUAGCAGACCUAGCUGGAGGACAGAAUGUGUUGACCUGUGCUUUGAAUGGGAUGUCAGUUGCAACGAAGUGAUACUUAGCAUUUUG